AUGCUGCAGACAAUCACAAUUGAUCAAAUUAAAGAAGCUCUUAAUCAAUUUAACAGAGGUCAAAAAUAUUUGUAUAAUACAUUAACAACAACUAUUAAAGAAAAUCAAACAAAUGACGUAUGGUUUAUUCAUCUAUUGGACGAAUUACGUGAUAAUGUUGAUUUAUUUGAAAAUACAAAUGAACAAUUUCUUGAUUUUCUACAAUUACAAAUCGAUUGGAUAAAAUUAUCAAAAACUGUACUUGAUACAUUCGGAGCGUUUCAAAUUAAUCUUAUCUCAUGCAAUACUAAACAUGCACAACGUUAUUUAAGCUUUUUAUUUACUAUUUUUACAAUUCCGGAAAUUUCCACAAAUCGUCUUCCACUGCAUGAUUUUGCUCAUGAAACACUACAACAUCUUGUUCUUAUCGUUCCGUUAGCUUCAACUCUUUUAUGUCCAAUAGCUGAACAACAUUUUCCUUUUAUGACAAAAGAAAUUAAUGUUCAAAUAACCUAUGUAAAAAAUUUACUUCGAUCAUUAUCUUAUUUGUCAAUACAACGUUCACGUUUUCUUGAAAUAAUUCUUUCAAAAUUACUUCGUCUUGAUGUUCAUGCAUCUCGACAAGAUAUUAUUCGUGUAGAAAAUUCUAAUAUUGAAACAGAACUUGUUUUUUCACUUGAACAACUUGAUACAAAUGAUAAUAAUACGAAAGGAAUGAAACUUGAUCAAGCUGAUAAACUUGAUUGUCUUAUGUAUGUUAUGUUUGAAUAUAUAAUAAGUAUAUGUAUUGAAAAUGGAACAGUGAAUUAUGAACAAACAAAAUCUUUAUUUCGUGAUUUAUUAAGUAUAUUUAAUAAAAUUUUGUUACCUACGCAUGAUUCAUCACAUGUACAAUUUCUAAUCUUUUAUAUUUGUAGUUUUCAUACGGAUUUUAGCGAUGAAUUUAUGAAUAAUUGUUGGAAAACAUUUGUAUCACCAUCAGUUUCUAUGACAUUUCGACAAGCAUCGAUUUGUUAUUUAUGUAGUUUGAUAGCUCGAGCAAAAUAUAUAUCUAUCAGAUCUGUUUUAAAUAUAACACAAUUAAUGGUCGAUUGGUUACAUGCUUAUGUCAGCACAACAGAAACAACCAGUGGAAACUCAAAUCCAAAUCGUCAUUUACCAUUUUAUGCUAUUUGUCAAGCAGUUCUUUAUAUAUUUAUUUAUCGACAUCAAGAAAUCGCUCGAUUACCUGAUGGGAUUGAAACUGUGUUAGGAUGGAGAAUUGGUCGUAUUAUAUCGUCAGAAUUAAAUCCACUUAAAUAUAGUUUACCAGCUAUUACACAUCGUUUUGCACAAUUAGCAAGAAAUUAUCAAAUUGUUUUUUGUUAUUCAAUUAUUGAAACAAAUAAUCGUUAUACAUUACCUGAAACAUUUUCAACAAAUGAUUAUCUCAAUGGAAAUUUACCAUCAAAUAUUCUUUAUUCUUAUUUUCCAUUUGAUCCUUAUGUAUUAAAACGUUCAUUAAUAUUUAUUCAAACAAUUUAUAAUGAUUAUCGAGAUGAAAAUGAUGAAUCAAAUAUUCAUAAAGAUUCUGAUGAUCAUGAUCGUCAGGAAAUUGAUGAUUCCGAUGAUGUGUUAACAUCAAUGAUGAUGAGUACAACACCGGGUAGUUCUGAUUCUCUCGAUCAAUUUCCGACAACAACAAUGUCAACAUCAUUAAAAAAUUCUCGAAACCCUCCGUCAAUACUACCAUUUGAUCGUUCACCUGGUUUUCGAAAUGCAAUAAAUUAA